ACAAAACCGUUAAUGUGUCGAACCAACUUGGAGUUGAUAUAAUGAAGAUAUUAGGACUAGUAUCGCUGCCUGCUCUAACCCUAAACAUUACAACCCUUCAUCGAUGAGAUUGUGUGAUGAUAUUAUUGGGGACACGACGCGUGGGACUGGAUGAUAAGCAUGUCGCAGUUUUUCAGUCAGAAUCAGAGCGCGUCACGAUACCGUUAUCAACCGGGUACCCUCGCCUAGAAAACACCGAGCCAAAUUUGUGACAUGUGGAUGCGUCUUUUUGAACGGCUAUAAUAAUAUAGGCCUAAUUCAAUUUCCUCUUGGAGAGGAGGGAGCAUUGAUCGCCGGACGCACAGACGUCCAUCCCAUAAUACCCGUCCCGUCCCCUCCUCAAGUCUGAAGGAGGCGCGCUGGUCUGCGGUCUACAGAGCGCACCGCCGAGCGUCUCCUUGUCGGACCACUUCAUCAAAGCGCAGAUCAAGAUAUCCAGUCCUUCUGUAUCAUGAGAACACUGUAGGAGAGCGAAACAAGGAGCAUCUUCUAUUCGAGAUGGAGAAGGACUGAAGUGGCCGUCCCCCAACAUGUUUGUGAAGAUGAAGGUCCCAGAGGGGGAAGCCUUUUCUCUCAGCGGAUAGAGUCAGGUCAGGUAGAACCCCCGCUCCCCCCCCCACCCUCCAUCCCCCGGCAGCCUCCCGUCGCUCCCUUAACCUCCAGGGGUUGACGGCCUGUCGUCCCACGCUGCAGGACUCAGGAUGCGCUCUCUGAGGAAGACCGUGCUGCUGGCCUUCUUGGCGUCGGUGGUGCUGGUGCUGGCGCUGCUGCACUCCUGGCCCACGCGCUCCUACGCCACGGUGGACGUGUCCCAGCGCCCGGGCUCCGACAAGCACCUGGAGGACCGCCUCCCCGACGCCGACCCCCGGUCCGGGGACAUCCCCUACCGCGUGAGGGAGGGCGUCGCCAGCCUGUUGGCCCGUAACGGCUGUGUCUGCGAGGGCAAGAGCGCCGCCGUCAACCUGCCCUUCUCCCAGCUGCUGUUCCCGCGGGUGUCGGCCUCGGCGCUGCACACCGCCUUCCAGGCCUCGGAGCUGGAGGCCCUGAAGGAGAGGCGGGCCAAGGAGUACCACAGCUUCCAGACGAGGACCCAGAGCCCAGCGGACGCCCUUCUGAUCGCUGAGGCCAACAGCCCCCUGCAGUACCCCACCCAGGGCGUGGCCGUGAGGCCCCUCAGAACCAUCCUCAUCCCAGGUUUGGCCUUACAUGACAUCCAUAAAGAAAACUACUCCCUGAACAUCACGGCCACCUUGGGAACCCUGAACGUGGCCGCUGAGGUCGAGGGGGUAAAGGUCAAAGGGGAUGGAGAGAUGCACAUGACCUUAUCCAGUAGUCUUCUCCCCAGCCUGAAUCGCCAGCUGCAGUUUGUGAGCUACACCAACACCCUGUUCCACCCCAGCACAGCCGACGCCCUGCAACUUCAAACAGAAGGACAUCAAGCUGCCUUCAUUAUCAAGAUCGGUCAUGGAGCUACCCCCAAACUUUACAACACGGGCCCUAAAGGAGAAUACAACAUCAGCGCCCUUGUCACCAUAGCCACCAAAACCUUCCUGCGUUACGAUAAGCUCCAGGACCUCAUCGACAGCGUGAGAAAAUACUACCCUACCGUUACCAUAGCGAUCGCUGACGACAGCGAACACCCCCAAACUGUGUCCGGCCCCUACAUCGAACAUUACAUCAUGCCUUUCGGAAAGGGCUGGUUCGCGGGACGAAACCUGGCGGUCUCCCAGGUGACCACCAAGUACGUCCUGUGGGUGGACGACGACUUCAUCUUCUCGUCCAGCACCAAGCUGGAGAAGCUGGUGGACGUGUUGGAGCGGACCACUCUGGACCUGGUGGGCGGGGCGGUGCGCGAGGCCACGGGCUACACCUCCACCUACAGGCAGACCAUCUCCAUCGAGCCGGGGCAGCAGGAGGGCGACUGCCUGCACAUGAGGCGGGGCUUCCACCACGCCAUCGCCGGCUUCCCGGGCUGCGUGGUCACCGACGGCGUCAUCAACUUCUUCCUGGCCCGCACCGAGAAGGUGCAGCAGGUGGGCUUCGACCCCCGCCUGGCCCGCGUGGCACACCUGGAGUUCUUCAUCGACGGCCUGGGCUCGCUCCACGUGGGCUCCUGUGACGACGUCAUCGUCAACCACGCCACCAAGAUCAAGCUCCCCUGGGUCGGCCAAUCAGAGAGCGACAAGACGUACGCCAAGUUCCGCUACCCCCCGGCCUCUUCGGACGCCGCCCACACCAAGAACGGCCUGCUGUUCUUCAAGAACCGGCUCCAGUGCAUGACGCACAACUAGUCCCUCCUUUACCCCGACCACGCCCUCCUCAUCCUUGACCACGCCCGGCCUCCUCCACCUUUCACCUCCUCCGACUUUGCCACUCCGUCCUCCUCCACCUUUCACCUCCUCCACCUCGACCACGCCGUCCUCAACCUUGACCACGCCCUACUCCACCUCGGCCACGCCCUCCUCCACCUCGACCACGUCCUCCCACACCUCGACCACACCCUCCUCCACCUCGGCCACACCCUUCCUCCCCCUCAACCACGCCCUCCUCC